ACAAGUGAUAUUACUAAUUCUUUUUGCUAAAGCUGUGAUUUGAAAUUAUAUUUGAAAAUAGAAAUAAUUGAAAAUAUUUUAAACUGAUUAUUAAGUAUACAAAUAAGUGUCUAGGAUUUUCUCAGCGACCUUAUGCAAUGUUAUCUAUUAUAUAUUGCUAUUCCCUUUCUUACAAGCAAUAAUUUGGUGCCAAAUAAGUGACGUCAAUUUUUCAAUAUGUUAGCGCGCUUUAAUGAGCUCUAAUAUAAGUUAACGGAAGUCCAAGUUAAUUGCAAGACACAUGAUCUUAGCUAUCAGCCGUUCAUAAGUUGAAUUAUUUCUGCUAAGAUGUAAUGAGUUAGGUGAACAUAAAGUUGGUGAUUUUUGGCUUUGGAGAUGGAUUGUUAAUUGGACUGGAACAUCACCGACAAUGUUGCGCACAGUAGAGAAAAAAAUUCUUUCAUUUUUAAAAACACCAUAUCGAGGUUUUUUCGUUAAUAUAGGCUCGGCUAUAUCGGAGUCAGAUAAAAUAUGGACAAUCAGUUUAAAUACAGAAUCAAAAGAAGUGCCGCUGGUGCUGUUGCAUGGUUUGGGAGCUGGUAUUGCUUUUUGGGUUAUGAAUCUAGAUUCCUUUGCAAAAGAUCGUCCAGUAUAUGCAAUGGACAUUUUGGGUUUUGGUCGUAGUUCACGUCCCAAAUUUUCAAAUGAUGCACUAAUUUGCGAAAAACAAUUCGUAAAAUCUGUAGAAGAAUGGCGUCGCGAAAUGAAUAUCAAUAGUAUGAUACUAUUAGGGCACUCCAUGGGAGGAUUCAUAUCUUCAAGUUACGCACUUUCAUAUCCAGAUCGCGUCAAACAUUUAAUACUCGCUGAUCCAUGGGGUUUCCCAGAAAAACCGGACACAAAACAAUAUCCGUUAGUGUUGCGAGCUAUUGCCUACGCAUUAACGCCACUUAAUCCGCUUUGGUUAGUAAGAGCAGUUGGACCUUUAGGUCAAUGGGUUAUACAAAAAACACGACCAGAUAUUAUGCGUAAGUUUUCUGUAGCUGUUGAAGAUGAUCAAGACCUGUUACCGCAAUACAUACAUCAAUGUAACUCACAAAAACCUAGUGGUGAAUCAGCUUUCCAUACGAUGAUGCAAUCGUUUGGUUGGGCUAAACAUCCAAUGAUUCAUCGCAUUAAAGAUGUGCGUGACGAUAUACCAAUAACAUUUAUAUAUGGUGCCCGCUCAUGGAUUGAUUCUUCACCUGGCGAGAAAAUUAGGAAUCAACGCGGCAACUCACAUGUCGAUAUCAAAAUAGUAGCCGGUGCGGGUCAUCACGUGUACGCAGAUAGACCGGAUAUUUUUAACAAUUAUGUGAACGAAACCUGUGAUUUGUACAAAACAAAUAGAGAACAAGUGCAAUUAAAAGAUAAUACAGAACCAGAUGAAGAGCAGGAGAAAAUCGUGCUAAAUGUUGAAACACCACAACAAACAGAAACGGAAACGCCUAACCUCGAGAAGCUGAGUACAACAGAACUGAACAAAAAGUGAAAUCGCUGAAUGCACACUAUUUUGUUAUGUAUUCAUUAUACCUGUAUUAAAUUUUAGUUCUGAAAUAGUAUUAAUUUAUAGAGUCCUGCUGAUGUAGCACAUUAUUUACAAUUACUUUAAUCAUAGUUUAUGCAAAUGUGUAUAUAAAUCUAUAUUA